GAUUUUCAAACAAAUUUAUGUGCAGGUCUGGAGUAGAAGAAGUACAUUCUGAGAGAGACCAAGUCUUACAAGAAGUAGGUAUAUAAGUGAUAUGUGUAACAACGCCAAAGUAAAGCCACUCAGGAAAUUGAGCAAGGAAAAACAAAUUGCUGAAUUAGGUAAACAGUCAAGAGAUGAGUAUUCCAGAACUCUAAACGCAGAAAAUAUUGAAAUGGAAAACUUGCCCCCAGCUCAAGCUCCAUAUUUUUCUCCAAUAGCCUUAGACCAUGAUUAUCAAGUUUGUUCAAUAAUCGACCUAACCGACGACGAAAUUCAAAUAGCAAAUAAUACUGAGAAUAAUAAUGAGUAUAUAUCCAAUGUAACUGAAACUCUGCCGCCUUCCAAACCCACUAUACUGGCUUUAGAAGCUGAGACUCCAAAAAUCAACUCAGAAAAAAGUGCUUCAAGAAAAAUUUUAGCCCCUAGAAAGAACAGAACUAAUAGUAGUGCUACGUUAAGGAGAAAUGCUUUAGAGUAUUUGGAUAAUAAAGAAUCAAGGGAGGAAAUUUCAAAAACUAGGCAGUUAAAUUUGAAGGAAAAAAAUAAUUAAAUUAUAGAAAACAAGGCUAGUCUUAGAUGAACAACGGCACGAGAUGGACUAUAUAGGAAGAAAAGAAAAAUUGGAAAUGGACAAAACUCGAUUUACACAAGAAAUGUUGGAAAGGAACCAAAAAUCCAAAAUAAUUGAACAGCAACAUCAACUUAUUCGGUCACUGAUGGAAAGAUUGAAGAAGUAUGAAGAAAAAUAAAAUAAUUUUAAUAUUUUUUCCCAUUUGUUUGAUGUAAUUAUUUUUGUCUUAUUUGUUUUUUCUUAUAUUUUGUUGAGUUACGAUAUAGGUGGGUAUACCUAUUAUGAUAUUUUGUACUUCCUUGGUAAGGAGUAACAUCUAUGCCGCGUCGAAAUAAAGAUUAGAUAUUUUCCAAAUUGUCUCGUUUUUCGAAGCUAGAAUUUUUUCACACAUAUGGGGAGGCAUUUUAUUGAGUACAAAAUUUCCGUUUCCAAAUUCGCAAAUGCUGUAUAGUUUGAAUUUGAAACAACCUGUACAUACGUACAUACAUUUACUUACCUGACUGCAAUUUAAAGUUCCUAUCUAGAAUUUGGUGGAGUUUAAUUUUGGGUUAUUAAAUUUUUAAAAAAGUUCAAAAUAUAGGUUUUUAAUUUCACAACCUAGUCAAAUCCCUUGAGUAAAACAUUCCAAAUGGUAUGUACUGCAUAAUAAUUCAUAAUCAAUUCAGAAUUUUUUGAGGGUUACAGUCAUUGGCGUAAUUUAUUGUCGUUCUAAUCUUUCACACUCGUUAUUGUAAUCAUGUCCAUUGUAGAUUGCAUUUGGAGUUGUUACAGCUUCUUCCAGCCGCUGAUAUUGUUCUGUUCAGAUGGUUUUGCCGAGUAAGUUUGAGGUCCAGGGUGACCCCUAUAUACUCAACUUCAUCCGAGAAAGAUAAUUAUUGAGUGUCGUUUAGAGUGGG